UCCAGACGCGAAAGCGUCUUGGAAUAGAAAUGUUCACUUGGUCCUCGCAAGUUUCGGUUUUUCAGGUUGAAAUUUGAUUUUUCAGCUCUCCCUACGCCCGCGAAGCCUGAAAGUUACUAUAGACGUUGAAUCCCCGCUCCCGAGCCUCCUACAGCGAAUCCCGCUAAGUCACCUGAGAAGUUCUGACAAAUGCCAUGGGGUGUGUUGCCCUCUAUAGAGUUGGACAACUUCUCUGGAUGGAGCAUCAUUGUUCAAUGAAGAGCUUCGGGAGAUACUAAGGUUCUUCUGCCUGUGUGUGUGUGGUAGAAGAAUAAGGGGCUUUGCUGAGGCCUUUGAAGGUACAUCCUCAAAGUACAGAUGUGACUCCUGAGCAUAUCAUCCAGGAAAAACGAGCCAACAGCAGGAGCAGGACCAGGACCAGGAGGACAUGGCUGCUUCUCAAGUAAACAAUGUGUCCUGGGGAUCGUUGACCUUCAGAGAUGUGGCAGUAGAUUUCUCUCAGGAGGAGUUGGAGUUCCUGGACCCAGCUCAGUGGAAAUUGUACACAGAUGUGAUGUUGGAGAACUACAGCAACCUGGUCUCCCUGGACCUUUCAGCUUUGUCAUCUGAGGACUAUCAGGCCUUGUUGCAAAAGCCAGGAAUAGAAGAUUUAAUCUCUGAAGUAAUACUGAGUCCGUAUAAUGAAGACAGAAGUUAUCAGUGCCAUGAAGAUUGGAAAAUUUUUAACCACAAGUCAAAUCUUAAACAUCAGAAUACUCAUUUACCAGAGAACCAUUUUGAAGGUGGAAACAUCUUUGACCAAAUGUCAAAUCACAUUAUACAUCAGGUUAUUCCUAUUGUGGAGAAGACAAAUAAACAAAAUAAAUGUGUCAAAUUACAUAAGGAAUCUUCAGAUAGUACGGAACAAAAGAAUAUUGCUAUUGGGGGGGAUGUUUACAAAUGCUUGCUGUGUGAGAAGGUCUUCAGUAAAAUCUUUAAUCUAAAUAGAGUUAAGAAAACCUGUACUGGUGAAAAACAUAAGUGGAAAGAAUAUGGUAAAACAUAUACUUGGCCUUCAGGGCUUAUACUACGUCAGAAAAUAUGUGCUGGAGAGAAGCCUUAUAAAUGUAGAGAAUGUGGUAAAGCCUUUAGCCGCUCCUCAAACCUUAUUGAACAUCAGAACCUUCAUACUGGAGAGAAACCUUAUAAAUGUAGAGAAUGUGGUAAAGCCUUUUGCCAUUCUUCCAACCUUAGUCAGCAUCAUAAAAUUCAUACUGGACAAAAGCCUUAUAAAUGUAGAGAAUGUGGUAAAGCCUUUAGGCACUCUUCAUCCCUUACUCAACAUCAGAAUAUUCAUACUGGAGAGAAGCCUUAUCAAUGUAGAGAAUGUGGUAAAGCCUUUAGCCGCUCCUCAAGCCUUAUUCAACAUCGAAACCUUCAUACUGGAGAGAAGCCUUAUAAAUGCAAAGAAUGUGGUAAAGCUUUUUGCCACUCUUCAAACCUUACUCAACAUCAGAAAAUUCAUACUGGAGAGAAGCCUUAUAAAUGCACAGAAUGUGGUAAAGCCUUUAUCCAAUCCUCAAACCUUACUCUACAUCGGAAAGUUCAUACUGGAGAGAAGCCUUACAAAUGCAGAGAAUGUGGUAAAGCCUUUAGCCAGUCCUCCACCCUUACUAAUCAUCAGAAAAUUCAUACUGGAGAGAAGCCUUAUAAGUGUAUAGAAUGUGGCAAAGCCUUUAGGUGUUCUUCAUCCCUUACUCGACAUCAGCCAAUUCAUACUGGAGAGAAGCCUUUUAAAUGUACAGAAUGUGGCAAAGCCUUUAACCAGUUUUCAAAUUUUAAUCAACAUCAGAAAAUUCAUUCUGGAGAGCAGCCUUAUAUAUGUAGAAUAUGUGGUAAAGCCUUUUGUCAGUCCUCAAAGCUUUCUUAUCAUCAGAAAAUUCAUACUGGAGAGAAGACUUACAAAUGCACAGAAUGUGGUAAAGCCUUUAGGGAAUCCUCAAACCUUACUCAGCAUCAGAGAAUUCAUACAGGUGAAAAGCCGUACGUAUGUAGAGAAUGUGGUAAAGCCUUUAGGUAUUCCUCAUCCUUUAGUAAACAUCAGAAAAUUCAUGCUAGAGAGAAGCUUUAUAAAUGUAGAGAAUGUGGCAAAACCUUUAUUCAGUCCUCAGCCCUUACUCAACAUCAUAGAAUUCAUACUGGUAAAAGACCUUAUAUAUGUAGAGAAUGUAGUAAAGCCUUCAUCUACUCCUCCACCCUUAUUAAACCUAAGAGAAUUCAUACUGGAGACAAGUCAUGUGAAUAUGGCAGAGCUGUUAAGCAGUCAUCCUUACUUGAGAGUAAUCAUCAGAGUAAUAAUACUUGAGAGAGGUCAUAUAAAUGUUGCAAAGCUUUUAUUUUUUAAAAAUAGAUUUUAUUUGUUUAUUUUUAAAGAGGGAUAGGGAGGGAGAAAGGGAGAGAAAUGUCAGUGUGUGGUUGCCUCUCAAGUGUCCCCUACUGGGGACCUGGCCUCCCAACCCAGGCAUAUGCUCUAAUUGUGAAUCAGGCCUGUGACCUUUGCUUCACAGGCUGGUUGGUGCUCAGUCCACUGAGCCACACCAGCCAGGGUGCAAAGCUUUUAAUCACUACUCAAAACUUAUUUCAUAUGAUGUUUUUCAUAUCAUAGGGAAACAAUAUAAACAUAGUAUAUGUGCCAAAUCUUUUAGUCAUCAGUGCCAUCUUGCUCAACAUGACAGAAUUCAAUUUAGGAAAAAAUGUACAAAUGCAGAGAAUGUGGCAUAGCUUUAUUUUUAGUUUUGUUUUUUAUUUUUUGAGAAUGUGGUACAGCUUUUACUCUGUGCUCAAAACUUACUCAAUAUUGGAGAAUUCAUGCUGGAAGAGAAUCAAAAAAUUGGAAGAAUUGAACAAGAAUUUCAACCAUUUCCAAAUCUCAUUGAACACGACAGAACAUAUAUUGGGAGAGAAGCCUCAAAAAUGUAACAAAUUUGGUAAAGUUUUAAUCUGAAUUCAUACUGCCCUCAAUAUUGGAUAAUUUAUGCUGGAUAGAACCUAGCAAAUAUAAAAAAUGUGGCAAUACUAUACCCAUUCACAAAACUUACUCAACCUGAGAAUUCAUUCCAAAGAGACAAUACUAAUGAAAAGAAUGUUGAAAGCUGAUUUUUCAGUAUUCACUGAUUGUUUUACAUGUGAGAAUUCAUACUAGCAAGAAACCUUAAAAAAGAAGAUCCUAGGAAAUAGUAUAUAUGGACCUACAACCAUAUUGUUUAUCAGGGAAUGUACAACUGGGGUUGAAUUCUGCGUUCAUAGUAAAGAGUAAUAGACUUUUGUCCAAAAUAUACAGUUCACUAAGCCCAAAGACUUAUGCCUGAAAGUGUCUUUGAAAUGUAAAAAAUUUAGCAAAGUAUGUAAUUGAAACAACUUCAAAAUAACAGUGAAUUUGCAGUAAAAAGUUAGUAAUAGUAUUCAGGUAUUGCUGUAAAUUAGAAUACUUAUAAUAGAAGAUCAUCCAAAGUUUAAAAAUAUAGAUCACUACUUAAAUGUGCUUGAAAAUGUCAAGGGGAUGGAUUUCUGGAUAUGUAUAAUUACUUAGAAUAUAAACUAUUGUACAUUGACAGUAUUUGAAGUAUUUUGAGAAGGAAUACGAACAUGAUUCCACUCUCAUAUUGAUGCUGCUAUGUUUUUAUUCCUGAUGUGUGUGUGAAAUCAGGGUUGAUUGUUGGUGUCUUAAAGAUCUGUGAACUCUUGUAUAUUAAGUGGGCUGCACUCAUAUUUACCUUACAACGGAAGGCUGAGGACAUUGUAAAGCACAAUGUAUGAAGAAAUUCUAAAUGAAAUUGCUGUUUUUGAUUGACUUAA